AUGGCCAGCUCAUCCACCGGCGACAUGAAGCACGAGGACCGUGUGUUCGAGGAGAGGCAGAUCGCCUUCGAGCCUGUCCCCGUCACAACCGCACCUGUCCCGGCGCCCAUGACGCCUGCCAAUCCGGCGACGCUUGGCUACUUCUCGCUCGCAACCACGACACUCAUGGUCGGCCUGCUUGUCAUCCAGGCCCGUGGCGUCCCCGCACUCACCAUGCUCGUCGGCCAGGUCCUCGCCGUCGGCGGCCUCGGCAUGCUCAUCUCCGGCCUCAUGUGCUACCAGCAGGGCGCUACGUUUGCGACUACUGCAUUUGGAAUGUACGGGCUGUUCUACAUCUCGUUCGGCAUCGUCCUCUGGCCCUCGUCCGGCGCCAACGCAGGCUACACCAACCCUGUGGAUAACAACAACGCCCUCGGCCUCUACCUCAUCACCUGGUUCGCCCUCUCGCUCGUCAUGUGGCCCGUGACAUGGCGCCUCAACAUCGGCCUUGCCGUCCUCUUCACCCUCGUCGUCUUCUACUUCCUCUUCCUCGCCAUCGGCUUCAUGUCCGGCAAGACGGUCAUCAUUACCAUCGGCGGCUACUUUGGCAUCCUCGUCGGCUCGUGGGGCUACAUCCUCGGCAUGGAGACGCUCUACGCCACCGAAAACAACAUCUUCAAGCUUCCCAACCCUAGCCUGGCACCGAAGCCCCGGCACUAG